AUGGCCACGUUUAGCGUUAGUACAACCGAAAAAAGUAAGCCACUUCUAUUAUUAAAUGGUUACAAUUACAUAGUGGAUAGAUCUAAUGGAUCUAAAAUAUAUUGGAAAUGUGAUCAGGCUCGUAAAGCCUCAUGUAAAGGUCGAGUUCAUACUGACAAUCCAUCAACAACAAUUUUAUAUGAAUCUGAUAAUCAUAAUCAUUUUGGUAAUGCCGUUUCAAGUGAUAUUAGAAGAUUUGAAGAAAAUGUGCGUUUUCGUGCUCUUAAUACCAAUGAAGGAACACAAAGUAUAUUAGACAAUUGUUUACGUAAUUUAAUCGACGAAACUGUUGCUCGUCUUCCUGUUUUUAACCAUGUUAAACGUAAUAUUCAGAAUCAACGUAAAAACAAUGAUCUACCAACAAUUCUACAUGACAAAACAUUCGAGAAAAUUCCGGAUAAAUUAUGUGUAACAUUACGUAAUAAUCACGUAACACCAACAAUGUUCUAUCAAUUAUAUGCUAUACAUGUAUUAUAUAAAGAUUCUGUUAUACCAACGGUUUUUGCAUUAUUACCAAAUAAAACUCAACAAACGUAUCAACGACUCAUCAAUGAAACAGUUCAAUGUUGUCCCUGGUGGAGUCCUGAUUCUAUAAUGAUGGAUUUCGAACGAGCAGCUUAUAAUGCUUUUCGGGGUAGCUUUGUCACAACAUCACUUUCAGGAUGUUUUUUUCAUUUACAAAACAGUAUUCAGAGAAAAGUACAAGGAUUAGGUUUUAAAACUAAUUACGAAACUGAUCCAAUAUUUGCACGCAAUGCACAUAAAAUUAGUGCACUUGCUUUUCUUCCGGUAUCCGAUGUUGGCCAAGGAUUUGAUGAUUUAUAUAAUGCAUUACCAUCAUUAUAUCAACCAUUACUUAAUUAUUUUGAAGACACAUAUUUAGCUGAAUCAUGGCAUCGUCGUUUAAGCUCUGUUAUGCAAUGUCAAUAUCCAUCUCUUUGGUCUUUUAUAACUAGUUUACAAAAUGAAGAACAUUAUAUACAUUGUCAAACAAUCAAACUUCAUGCUGGACAAAAAAUUGCUCCAAAUAAAAAAUAUUUAGAAUAUAGUAAACGUCUUCGUCAUCUUAUAAUGCAUCCUGAAGCAUCACUUCUACAACAAUUAGAUGGACUUGCACAUAAUAUAUAG